AUGGCGGCAAAUCCCGACGACAAGAUCGCAAGAGGCGGCGACCUCUCGACGACAGACGUCUCUAUAUCCGGGACCGACAACCCAGCCACCGAAAAGCCCGGGGCGGGACUACCGCCAGUAUCCGAGGCUGUCACCGAGGGGGCUGCAACACCUGAGUUGGACGACAUCCCAAACGGGGGUCUGAAGGCAUGGCUACAGGUUGUUGGUGCUUUUUUCAUCUUUUUCAACUCUUGGGGCAUCGUCAACACCUUUGGCGUUUUCCAAACCUACUAUGAGUCCAACCUCCUUAGGACCUCGACGCCGGCCGCCAUCUCCUGGAUCGGGUCGCUCCAGGGUGCGCUGCUGCUGGGCGGCGGCGUCCUGGCCGGCCCCCUCUUCGACGCGGGCUACUUCCGCGCCCUGAUAGUGACGGGCACGGCCCUCGUCAGCUUCGGCUUCAUGAUGACGAGCCUGGCGUCCGAGUACUGGCACGUGCUGCUGGGCCAAGGGUUCUGCGUCGGCUCGGGCGCCGGCUGCAUCGUGGUGCCGUCGCUGGCGGUGCUGCCGCAGUGGUUCGGCCCCUCGCGGCGGGCCCUGGCCGUGGGCAUGUGCGUGGUGGGCAGCAGCGUCGGCGGCGUCGUCUACCCGCUCCUCUUCAACGGCGUCAUCGGCCCGCUCGGCUUCCCCUGGACCGCGCGCCUGUUCGGCUUCGUGGCGCUGGCCACGUGCUCCGUCUCCGUGGCCGCCAUGCGCACGCGCGUCGGCCCGCGCCGCGUGCGCUCGCUCUUCGACCCAAAGUCGUUCCGCGAGCCGCCCUUUCUCUUCUUCUGCGCCGCCGGCUUCUUCUCCAACCUCGGCUUCUUCGUGCCCAUCUUUUACCUGCAGACGUACGCGCUCGGCCACGGCAUGGAGCACGCGCGCGGCCUCGCCCUCAACCUCAUCGCCAUCCUCAACGGCGCCUCCGUGCUGGGCCGCCUCGCGCCGUCGCUGGUGACGCCGCGCAUGGGGCCAAUCAACACCAUGAUCGCCGUGGCCGCGUCGGCGGGCGCCGUCGCGUGCGGCUGGAUCGGGGUGCGCGACGUGGCGGGCAACGUCGUCUUUGCGAUUCUGUACGGCUUCUUCAGCGGCGGCAUCGUGUCGCUUCCGCCCGUGGUGCUGGCCUCCAUCACCGAGGACCUCUCCUUCCUGGGCGCGCGCAUGGGUACGGCCUUCCUCUGCAACGCAGUGGGGUCGCUGUGCGGACCGCCCAUCGCAGGCGCCAUCCUGAGGGCCCAGGGCGGCGAGUACCUGGGCCUGCAGGUGUUUGCGGCAGUCGCCAUCAACGGGACCGUGCUGUUCCUGCUGAGUGCGAGGGUGGCAAGGGCAGGGCCGCGCUUGGCGGUAAAGGUGUGA